GAAUCCUAAAAAACUGCCUACUCUCGAGGGCAAGGAUUCCAUUGCAAUCUAUCGUAAUAACAGAUAUCCUAUAUGCUCUCGUUCAUUUACUGCUAACUUAAGCGAUGAAGAAUGUAGUUCUGACAAUGCAAUAACAUCAACUGUUUCUUCACUACCAUGUUCACCAUCAAAAGCCAGGCAG